AUGGAAUCAGAUGACGCCUCAGUGAUGCCAGACCUGCCUCUCCCAUCCCGCUCCGUGCUGUUCGACGAGCAGGCUGUGCCGCCCAAGCUGCGCCUGCUCAUCGUCGCCACCGGCCCGCGCGACACCUCGUGGGCUCACGCGCUGAUUGUCCGCUUGUCUAAGAGCCCCGACAUCGAAAUGCGCGCCGUCGUCGAUGAUGUUGUGCCCCGAAUGACGCAAACCAUCAUCGCUAUGCAAAAUAUGAGCUUUGCUGUCGGCCACCCGGACCGGCCCGAAGACGUCGAAUUUUAUCGACAGCAGGCGUUUGACCUCGUGGAAUGGGCCCAUAUGCUCAUCUGCUUGCCUCUGGAUGCUGAUGGUAUUGCCAAGAUGCUUGCAGGCAUCUCGGACACGUUGAUCGGCGAGGUGCUGAGAGGCUGGAGCUCGCACAAGAGCAUCGUGUUGGUGCCAGGUAUGAGCAAGCCCAUGUGGUCUAACAGCACCACCAAGGAGCACUUGGACAGACUGCAGCACUCGGACAAAUCGGUGCAGAUUCUGGAACCAAUCUUGUGGCACUAUCAGAAGAGCCCAAACGCGAAACGAAUACCAAGCUGGAACUCUUUCCAUCAGGUGUUGCGCAUUAUACAGAAUCGCGCCAAUCUGCUAGGCCUUGGCCGUGAUAUUGGGAUCAUAAUGCCAAGCAUAUCGAUGCGCUUCAAAGAAGGCGCACGUUGUCGACAGCUGCCACCCGAAGUUUGGACCUUGGUCCUUGAACAUGCAAACGACUGGGAGCUGGCGCAGGCACUGGGCAUUUACACAUCGCUUCCGAGGCCCCCAGCUUGGGUACUUCAUCCCAAGGAUGAGCUCGAUAAUGUCAGAGUUUAUGAGCACGAGCUGGAAACGACCGCUCUGACCGGCACUAGCUCAGAGAUAUGCAAGAAGCUGUCCAAAGCACCGGGCGAGUACAACUACCUGUCCGCGCUCUUCAUCAAACUUCUCCUCCGCUUCGGGCAUGUAGAAGCGCUCGAGUACAUCGAGAUGAAUAGACCGGAACUGUUCAUCGCCUUUGAAGGCACCACGAUACCGACUAAGGUCUCCUCGUUCUUUCCAUGCACAAAGAUGCUUCACUACUGGAAACAUAGCCAAUGGUUCGCCGGCAGACAUGUGUACGACGCUGAAGCCGUUGAUGGAGCUUCCAGAUACGGCCAUGUAGAAAUACUGGACUGGUGGUGGCGACAGUCCGGGAUGCCCCUGCGAUACACCGAAACGUCGCUGGAACAGGCCAGCGCGAACGGACACAUUGCCGUGCUUCAGUGGUGGCAGGACGCGGCCUUGCAAGACGAGUCGGUGGUACUGCGGCCUGGGCGUGCGCUGCUAUGGGCUGCUCAAUUUGGACGAGCAGAUGUGCUGCACUGGUGGCACUUGUCCCGGAUUGCUGUCGCUUACGGCAACGACGUGGUCAACGCAGCCUGCCAGAAUGGACACGUCGACGUGCUCGAAGUCUGGCGCGCGGCAAAGGGCGACACAAGAAUGUACGUGGAUGAAGUGGACGUCAUGUCGGCAACGUCGUACGGCCACGUCCCGGUGCUGGAGUGGUUGCUGUCAUUUUCUCAAGGGCUUCUGCCCGGGAUGAGUGGCUGCGGCCAGCCCAUCGAGUUUCGCGUCUGUGAUAUUCAGGCUUGUUUGCACCGAAACUCGAGAGAGCAGAGGCGAGUCAGAGCGUGGUGGGCCAAGCAUGGCAUACGACCUGCGGCGACGGCAAAUGAGCGAUCGAGAGACAUUGCGCGUCUCUAA